AUGUAUCCCAAUCCACCCCCAAUUACCAUCCCAACCUCAUAUGAGGCCCUUCCCACCACGCACAUCAAAGUCGCCCACCACCCAGCAGGCUCCCCGACCGCAACCCCGGUCGUGAUCGUCUCUUUGAACCGGCCCGAGAAACACAAUGCUUUUACGCAGAUCAUGGCCGAGAACCUGGAGAAGGUGUUCGGCAUGUUUGACCUGGACGAGCGCGUCAAGGCGGUCGUUCUGACCGGCGCCGGAAACGCCUUCUGCGCAGGAGCGGAUCUCGAGAUCGGCUUCGGUGGAGGACGGGAACGAGUGAGGACGACGGAUCAUCGGGAUAGUGGUGGUCGAGUGGCCCUCGCAAUCCACCGAUGCCGCAAGCCCACGAUCGCGGCGAUGCAGGGUUCCGCUGUAGGUGUCGGCAUGACCAUGACCCUUCCUGCUGCAAUCAGAAUCGCCCACGCAUCCAGCAAAUACGGCUUUGUCUUUGCCCGCCGCGGAAUCUUCAUGGAGUCCUGCUCCUCCUACUUCCUCCCCCGUCUCAUCGGCUACUCCCGCGCCAUGUACCUCGUCUCGACCGGCGGCGUCUUCCCCUCCACCUCGAAGCACUUUGACGGUCUUUUCGCGGAAACCCUCCCGGACAAAUCACGCGUCUUGCCUCGAGCACUAGAACUCGCAACCGAUAUCGCCGAAAACGUCAGCCCCAUGGCAUCCGCACUGAACCGCGCCCUGAUGUGGCGCUGCUCCGACUCCGCCGAAGAGGCGCAUCUGCUCGAGUCCGGGAUUCUGUACCAUAUGUUCGGAGCUCUGAAUCAGAAAGAGGGCGUCUCGGCGUUCUUUGAGAAACGGAAGCCGAAUUUUCAGGCCACGUUGGAGCAGGAUGGACCAGCUAACUAUCCGUGGUGGUCGGAGGUGAAUAUCGACCCGCCAGUGAAGCCUCUUAAAGAGCCUUCCAAGCUGUGA